UGCAUAUAUGUGUGUGCCUGGUACCUGAGAAGGACAAAAGAGAGAGUCAGAGCCUCUGAAAAGUGGAGUUGCAGAUGGUUGUGAGGUGCCACAUGGGGCUGGGAAUAUAACAGUAUUCCCCUGGUAAGGUAUCCAGUGCUCCUAACACUGAACUAUCUCUCCAGCCCCUCUCUUGUUUUCAAUCCAGAGUUUUGUUCUGAAUCACUCUUUCCAUUUAAAUCUUCUUCCAAAAUCUAUACUCAUGCUCUCAGCAUUAUUACCACUGAGAAAAUUUAAUGUUUACCACCAAAAUCGAGUAGUUGAAUUGGUUUGCAUAUUUAUCUACAAUUAUCCACAUACUUAUAACUGCUGGGUUUUUGUUUUUGUUUUUGUUUUGUUUCAAUGCUGGAAAUGAAAACCAGGGCCCCCUGCAUGCUCAGCAGGCAUCAAACACCAAGCUGCAUCUCAAGCAGUUCGCUGACUUUUUUACAUUCCAAAUGGUAGUUUUUCAGGAAAAAGCCUCAUGUCACAGAGUUUCAAAGGCACUUCUAACAUUAUUUUGAGUUUACUACCUGUGACAGCUAUUCUCAUAUUCUCAGAGGGUUUUGUGUUUUGUUUUGUUGUUGUUUUCUGAGACAGGGUUUCUCUGUGUAGCCCUGGCUGUCCUGGAACUCACUCUGUAGACCAGGCUAGCCUCAAACUCAGAAAUUGCCUGCCUCUGACUCCCAAGUGCUGGCAUUAAAGGCGUGUGCCACCACUGCCUGGUUAUUCUCGGUUUUUAACUUGACUCUAUCUGGAAUGGACUACAAUCCAGAAGUGGAGGACACACUUGUGGUCCAGAUCUUGAGGCUGGAAGACAUAGACUUUUGAUCUGGCUCUUGAGGUUGGAAGACCCAGGGCUUUCAUCCGGAUCUUGAAGCAGGAUGACACACACCUAUAAUCCAGACCUUGAGGCACGCCUUUAAUCUGGGCCACACCUUCUGCUAGAGGCCUAUAUAAGGACAGUGGGAGAAGAAAGGGUUCAUUUCCUCUCCUGCUUAUACUCACUUUGCCAGCACGUCCAGUGGAACCUACUGCUUCAGGCAGGAUUCCAGCUCAUCCAGAAGACCAGAUAACCCUGACGAAUACAGAUUUUGGCACCAAAAGUGGUUCCAGAGAAACAGAAGUAUAAAGAUGAAUCUUCUAAGUAUCUGGAAUAGGCUUUAUAAUUUGCUAGCACCUUCAAAUUCACCAAUACCUUCAGCUACUGAAACCUCUGCAGUUACUCUCUCUCCUGGGAGCUCAGAGCGGAUUGCAAGCCCGUGGUGGGAACUGUAUUUCAAACUCACAGAGGAAGAUGCCCUUGAUUAUCUUCAUUCCUCACCUCUGAGUGGCGAUGGAGUCAGUGACCUCAUGUAUGAAACGUUUGACAGUUUGAGGAAAAAUAAGGAAAACAAUGGUGCUGCCUGGUUCCUUUUAACAGCCCUGGAUAAAUUGACAAUGGAAAGGAGUGAGCUGCGGGAUAAGAUUUGCCAGCUCCAGAUGCAAAUCAACAACCUAGAGGCUUCUAAGUGUGCCCUUGAAGAGAAACUUCUCUCCAGUAGCCAGAGAGCUCAAGCUGCAGAAAGUCAAACUAAAGCCCUCACUUUAAGGUUGAAUGAAUUACAGCAAAAAGUCAAGUCUCAGCCUCAGACAGUGUCAACAGUUAAAGGAAGGUCAUUGAUUGGCAAAGCAUGGGAUCCUAUAACUUGGGAUGGGGAUGUGUGGGAGGACCCUAUUGAAGCUAAGAAUUUUGAACCCUCAGAUUCUCAAGGGUUUACCCCACCUGAGGAAGUAGUAUCCUCAGCCCCGCCCCUUGAGAUAUUGCCCUUUUCAGCUGAGGAAAUUAAUCCCUCAUUGUCUGCUAAACCAGCAGUGACUUUCUUUGAAGAAAAUGCCAGGAAAGACAAGGCCCACCAAUUACAGUUAUAACCAGACUCAGAGCAGAACAGGCCCCUAGAAGGGAGGCUGAAAGUAUAGUUCUUGAGGAAAUGCACUAUACUACUAAGGAACUUAAUAAGCUUGCUAAGUCAUUCAAGCAGAAGUCUGGGGAAUACAUGUGGGAAUGGAUUUUAAGGAUGUGGGAUAAUGGUGGAAGGAACAUAAAACUAGAUCGGGCUGAGUUUAUUGACAUGGGCCCUCUGAGUGGAGAUUUUAGGUUUAAUAAUGGAAGCUUGCACAGUUAAAAAAGGGGUCAGAAGUUUGUUUGAAUGGUUAGCUGAAGCGUUUUAUCAAAAGAUGGCCUACUGAAAAGGAGUUGGAGAUGACUGAUAUCCCCUGGCUUAGUGUUGAUGAAGGGAUUUUAAGGCUCAGGAAAAUUGCAAUACUAGAGUGGAUACGCUGUGUAAAACCCAAUCUUCCACAAUGGGAAGGUCCAGAAGACAUGCCCUUCACAGUCCUAUAAGACGCAAACUUGUGAGAGGAGCACCAGCACAUUUGAAGAGUUUUGUUCUUGCCCUUUUUCUUGUGCCAGACCUUAGGGCUGGAGAUGCUGCUGCUCAGUUGGGUGAAUUAAAUUCAAUGGGUUUAAUUGGGCCUUGAGGUAGCAAGGGCCGGGUGGCAAUACUGAUUCACCAGAGACAAGGUGAUCAUAGUUGUUAUAGUGAGCAGUGUAGACAAAACAACAUUUAUAAUGACCUAGCCCAUAAUGGUUGGCACAGGAGAGGUGAAAUUUAUAAUGGCAUGACUCAUACAGACCUUUGGUACUGGUUAAUUAGUCAUGUUUCCAGGCAUGAAAUAGAUAGGAAGCCUACUGCAUAUCUGUUUGAUCUAUAUAAGCAGAAAAAUUAUCAAAAAAAUAAAUAAAGUUUAUAUUGGAUCAUGGCAAAAGGCAAUCUCAGCCAGUGAAUCAACUCCCAGACUUGAGUCAAUCUGGGCCAAACCUUCUGCAGGAACAAUGGAAGACAGAAGGGGAAGUUCAUGUGUUCUUUGCCUGCUCUGCUGACAUCAUCACUAGUACUGAAACUUCUGGAGAGAAGGACCGUGCUCUAUAUUUCUCAGCAUGUUCCCUGGAGUAGGAUACAUUUUCCUCAUUGUUCUAAGUGUUUUUGUAAAGAACCUGGUAUGGUGGCUAAUACCUAUCAUCUCAGCAUUUGGGAGGCAAAAGGAGGAAGACUGAAUUUUAAG